AUGGCUGCUCGAUUUCCUUUGGCGCGCCUUUCGGGCCAGCGCUUGACAACUUUGACCCGGGCGACUCGCGGUCCUUGCCGGCUUCGCGGUGCUCAGAGCUUGUCCACGGUGACUCGCAAUGUCAGCCCUAGAGUUUCUGGUCUACUUCAGGCUUCAUCUGGCUUCAAUGUCUCGCGCAACCUCGCUCCCUACGUGGGUUCCCAGGUUCGCACCUAUGCCGACAAGGUUGUCCAGGUCCCGCAGAUGGCCGAAUCGAUUACAGAAGGCACUCUGAAGCAAUUUUCAAAACAAAUUGGUGACUUUGUGGAGCGCGAUGAGGAGAUCGCUACCAUCGAGACUGACAAGAUUGACGUCUCGGUUAAUGCCCCGGAAUCUGGUACUAUUAAGGAAUUCCUUGUGAGCGAGGAGGACACUGUCACUGUUGGACAAGAUUUGGUCAAGAUUGAGUUGGGCGAUGCUCCUGCUGGCGGCAAGCAAGAGGCGGCCCCCGAGAAGACCCAGGAGGCGGCCGCAGAGAAGCCCAAGGAGACCGCAGCCGAGCCAGAGAAACCCAAAGAUACCCAGGCCUCUAAACCCGCUGCGCCUCAGAAGCCCAAGGAGGCCCCUAAGGCUGAGUCCUCGAAGUCUCAGGCCGUGGAGACCAAACCUGCCCAGGGCAACCGUGAGGAGCGCCGGGUCAAGAUGAACCGCAUGCGUCUCCGCAUUGCCGAGCGCUUGAAGCAAUCCCAGAACACUGCCGCCUCUUUGACUACCUUCAAUGAAGUCGACAUGUCCUCGCUGAUGGAACUCCGCAAGCUUUACAAGGAUGAUGUGCUCAAGAAGACUGGCGUAAAGCUGGGCUUCAUGAGCGCCUUCUCUCGCGCCUGCGUGUUGGCUAUGAAGGAUAUCCCCGCCGUCAACGCCUCUAUUGAGGGUCCUAACGGCGGUGACACCAUUGUCUACCGUGACUACGUUGACAUCAGCGUUGCUGUCGCUACUGAGAAGGGUCUGGUCACCCCUGUUGUUCGCAACACCGAGACCAUGGAUCUCGUCGGUAUUGAGCAAUCCAUUGCUGAUCUGGGCAAGAAGGCCCGCGACAACAAACUGACCAUUGAGGAUAUGGCUGGCGGCACAUUCACUAUCAGCAACGGUGGUGUCUUUGGCUCUUUGAUGGGUACUCCCAUCAUCAACUUGCCUCAGACUGCCGUUUUGGGUCUCCAUGCUAUCAAGGAUAAGCCAGUCGCCGUCAACGGCAAGGUCGAAAUUCGCCCAAUGAUGUAUCUGGCUCUCACCUACGACCACCGUCUCUUGGAUGGCCGCGAGGCUGUCACUUUCCUGGUCAAGGUCAAGGAGUACAUCGAGGACCCCCGCCGUAUGCUGCUCGGGUAA